CUGUAUCAUAACCAUAACAGCUAAAUAAGGUGUCAACAAUGGGUAAGAAGGUCAAAGAAGACAAGAAACCUCCUCCAGAUGAUGUGUUUGAUGUGGUAGCCCUUGAGAGCCGACAGGCUGGAACAGUGGUUCUUAUGCUAAACAGUCCAGAGGAGGAAGUUCAAGCUAAAGCUUGUGAGGCUAUCUACAAAUUUGUGGAGAAAUGUGAUGAAAACAGAAAACAGCUCCUGGAUUUGGGAGCUGGCGACCCUUUGUUACAGCUAAUGCAGAGUGAGGAUAGACUUGUCCGUAGAAAUGCCUGCAUGGCUUUAGGCUCCAUGACAGCUCAACCUGAUGUACGGAAAUACCUCAGAAAAAAAGAAAGAAGCAUCCCCACAUUUAUAUCUUUGUUAGCACCAGAAGAAGAUUCUGUCUGCCAUGAAUUCUCCGCCCUUGGCCUGUCCAAUAUGGCCACAGAGUUUAGCAGCAAGUCAGCCAUCUAUGAGAAUGGUGGUAUAGAGCCGUUGGUCAAGUGUCUCAGUUCUAAUGACCCAGAUGUCCAGAAGAAUGGAAUUGAAGCUCUUGCACAAAUGAUGAUGGACUACCAGACACGAGCCUCUAUCAGAGAUGCUGAAGGAUUAGCUCCUAUGUUAGAUCUUCUGAAGUCAGAAUUUCAAAUUAUUCAGAAACUGGCGCUGCUAGCCUUGGACAGAGCAUCACAAGAUGCUGAGAAUCGUGGAGCUCUUCGGGAACUGGAAGCCAUGUCAAGACUGAUUGACUUUGUAGCUAAACCUGAGCUGAACGACCUUCAUGUGAUGGCUGUAAUGGUUCUCUCCAACCUUCUAGAGGAUUUGGAAAGUUUAGAGGAGGUAAAAGAGACAGGAGGACUUAAACGUCUGGUGGCCCUUAUCACAGACCAGACUCCACCCGAAGAGGAGCCAAAGGGUGGUAAAGGCGAGAAAAAGGCAGGUUCUAGAGCUGCAAAGAAAAGUGCCAAGGAUGGUAAAAAGGGUGGUUCAGAACCAGAGAAAGAAGAUGCACCACCAGGAGAAGCUAUCAUCCCUACCUUACCUGAUGUCAAGAUGUGUGCAGCCAAAGCCAUCGCUCGAUCAGCCAGGAAUGCUGAGAACAGAAAGAUCUUACAUGAACAGGAGGCAGAGAAGAUGUUGAUACACUUGUUGGCUCAUGAGUCCACAGAGGUACAGACAGCUGCUGCCCAGGCCAUCGCAGUCAUGUCAGAGAAUCUCAUGUCAAAGGAUUCCAUCAGAGAAUGGGAUGGUAUGCAGCCAUUGAUUAAACUACUCAACUCAGAGAAUGGAGACGUAAAAGAAGGUGCCUCUUUAGCAUUAGCUAAUCUCACCACCUCGAACAGCACCAACUGUCAUGAAGUCAGUAAUUUCAGUGGUACAGAAAUCCUGGUAAAUCUAUUGACUGAUCCUAGAGAGGAGGCAGUUGCCAAUGCUGCUUGUGUCCUCACCAAUAUGGCUACUGAAGAGGCUCUCCGAAUGGAGGCCCAGGGAAAAGGAGUUGUUACCACCUUGAUAGAGGGCCUGAAGUCCAAAAAUACCACAGUCCAGGCCAAAACAUCUUUGUGUGUAGCUGCAUAUGUGUGUGAUUCAGACUCUAGAUCAGAGUUUCGAAAUGCAAGUGGAAUCGAAAACCUAGUCAUACUUUUGCAUUCUGGGAAUGAUGAAGUGCGGCGAAAUGCAUCAUGGGCUAUCACAGUAUGUGCAGUAGACGAACCAACAGCCACGGAAGUGUGUAAAUUGGGAGGUAUGGAAAUCCUACAAGAAAUCCAGGUGUCCGGAACCAGGAAGAAUCCAUUUGCAGAAGCUGCUCUGGAACGUCUGCUAGACAGUAAUCUGUCAGCCAAAUAUGCCUUAACAGGAAAUCUCAGCUCAACAAACCUUAUAGAGAAUGGCUUCUACGAUGCUGGACAGCUGAGACCAGGUAGCAAGUUCAUGACAAUUGAGGAUUGUUGUAAACAAGAUCUCAAUGACAAACGUGCUAUUCUCUUGGUCAAUGCCAAACCAGCCCCAGCCGCACAACAAUCCUUGUCCCAACAGGAUGUUGAAGUCAAACAGGAGAGUUCCAAAACAAGUGUCUCUGGGAAGUCAUCUAGAACUGGAAGGGAAUCAAAAGCUGCAUCACCACCAUAUUCAGGGAAGAGUCGCACCCAGCGAGAUCGGGAGGAAAAACAGCGUGAAGAAGAGAUGCAGGCACAGUUACUGAAGGAAGCAAUGUCACAGGGUGGCAGAGAAAACAAGCCCUUUGAACUUCCCACAGAUCCCACUCUACUCAAAUACAUGGAGGAGGUGACAGAGAAGAUCCAGCCCAUUCCCUCUGUCCAUGAACAGGUCAACACUCUGGCCAGGUUUGUAGCAGACAAGAUGGGAGGCCCUAUAGAGAAGGGACAGCUCACAAACUUCAGCUGGGAACUCCCAAUAGGUCAGAUUAAGUUUGAGCUGAAAUCCAAUGUUGUGCCGAUUGGCAAGAUCAAGACAGGCAUACACAUCCACCGAGCUCUUCUUUUUAAGGCUUUAGCAGACCAGAUAGCUGUACCCUGUACACUGACCAGAGGAGAGUACAACCGAGCAUGGAAUGAGGUUAUGCUGCCCGAUAGUGACCCCACGCCUGGUGCCCCAAAAUUUCCACCCAGAGCAUAUAUAGUAGAUCUUAUACACAACCCAGGGCACCUGAUGAAAUCUGACACUCCUGAAGCCAUCACAUACAGGAAGUUAUAGUCAGCAAUCGCCCUAACAUUGGACAUUAGUAAACAUAGUUGUCAUGGAGGAACACAUCAACAUUCCUACAAUAGAAUACAAGAUCUUGCAGAAUGAGACAUCUUAAAAGAGGAACAUUUCGACAAGCAAUAUCUGUGAUAAAAACAAAGAAUCAUUGUUCAAAAAUGUAUGAAAUCUGAAUUCAUGAAAUCAGUAAUUUUAAAAAGAUGCUAUUGUCAA